GCCAGACAGUACACAUCUCCACGCCGUCAAGUUUCUAGACUGAGUCGAUCCAUACGCUUCUCCCAGGAAUAACCCCCAGCUGGCCUGAGUCUCAUCCGUUACGAUCACGUCCCGUCUUUCGAUUGAAUAGCCUGGCGCUUCAAGCAAAACAGAACGGCUGAACUGCUUGCCCAAUGGCAAGCGAAGCCCAAUUCGAUGCCGCCUUAGAUCUCCUCCGUCGCCUCUCCCCCCUCAAGGUGUCAGACAACCUGACCUCCAUAACCACGCUCGUGCCCGAUCUUACCGAAGACCUCCUCUCCUCCGUCGACCAACCGCUGACCUCAGCACGCUGCAAAAAGACAGGCCGGGACUACCUGUUAUGUGACUACAACCGCGACGGCGACUCAUACCGGAGUCCCUGGAGCAAUGAAUUCGAACCUCCGCUAGACGAUGCCACAUACCCCAGCGACCGGGUCCGGAAGAUGGAAGUCGAGGCAAACACCGCAUUCGAUGUGUACAGGCAGAUGUACUACGAGGGCGGGACGGGGUCGGUAUACUUGUGGGACUUGGAUGACGGAUUCGCAGGAGUAGUCCUCCUGAAAAAAGCCGUGGGAAAGGAGGCCGGGUGGGAUAGCAUACACGUUUUUGAAGUCGAUGAGAGAAGGGGCAGUGGAAGGACAUGUCAUUACAAGCUGACCAGCACCGUCAUCUUGCAUCUUGGUCGCGAUAGCGAGGGACUCGGGUCAUUGAACCUGUCCGGAAGCAUGACGAGACAAGUCGAGGCCGACCUGGUGGUGGAGAACGUCGGUGGACAGGGCAAAGACGGAGGCCACGUGUGCAAUGCAGGCCGCUUGAUCGAGGACAUGGAAGGCAAGAUGAGAAACAUGCUUCAAGAGGUAUAUUUCGGCAAAGCAAAAGACGUGGUGGGCGACCUGAGAAGCGUGGCUCCGUUGACAGGCGUCAAUCGUGAAAGACAGGCCCAGAGGGAUGUCAUUUCUAGCAUGGGAGGAAAGUGAUUCGAGCAGCAGAACUGGUGAGGGCGCCUUAUGGCUGCUCGCCUACCUGAUCGCCUUGUCUUACGGAAGAAGAGAACUUCAAGACAUUGCCCUCUCUGAGCAAGCAGGCCGGUUUCAUUAAAAGACCACAUGGGUCAAAAUUCAUGACUCAUAGAGAAGCGAAGAAUUAGUUGGUCCCUAGCGACUGAAGGGAUCAUCUUUCACCUCAUGCUGGUCAGUUCCUGACUCAAUUUCAACCAUUUCCCCGGCCAGCAGGUGACAAGGGUUUCUGGGCAUAGUCAGCACCUUUCGAUUCACCAUGUUGUCUCUGUUCUUUCGCUUGA